AUGUCUGAUGUCAUAACUAGUUUGCAUUUAGAUAAAGGAGUUGUUACCCACAAGCUUAUAGCAGUAAAGGAGCUGAAUGGUUGUGACAGUUCUUUUAUUAUAAGUUGUUUGCUUGGCCACUGCAUCAGAAACAAGAAUGCACUCCUUGUUGUGUGUCUACACAACUCUCAGGAGCAUUAUCAUAAUGUUGGUUUGAAGAUGAACUAUAACUUGAACAAGAAUGUUGAAAGUGGUCUUAUACAUUUUUAUAAUGCUGGUGAAGAACUAACUAGAGCAAUAUUAGAUAGUAAUUCAAUUUCUGCUAAUAUUUUCUGCACAAAAUUGAAAGAGCAGAUAGACAAAAUUAAGAAAAAUUAUAACUCUGUGAACAUAAUAAUUGAGGGUGUGUCUCAUUUAUUUGAUCUAGAGUUCAGUUUAAGGGAAGUCAAUUAUAUUUGUAAGGAAAUCAUCAAUCUUGUUAGAGAUUAUGAUAAUUCCUUUUUGCUGAUGCAAUGUAAUGCUGCCUGUGAUAAUGAUGAGACACAUGUGAUGGCAAAUCUGUUGGCUUAUAAAGUCCAUGUCCUUGUUGAAGUAGAUCAUUUAGCAUCUGGUUGGAGUACAGAUGUUUCUGGUCACAUCACUUUCAAAUAUCCAAGCCGUAAAUUUGAAAAGGAGCAUAAGCAUAAAAUAGAACUUAAACCAUCACAUCAUCUGUUUAAACUGUUUGACAGAGGAGUAAAAUUACUCGCACCAGGUGCAGUAUAG